GGAGCCAGUCAGGUGCCGAGGGAGGGAAGGAGGGCCCCUGCCAGGCCGGCCUGCCGCGGUCACCCCCAGGGGAUCCCUGCUCCGCAGCUCUCAGUCCUGAGUUCUGGCUCGCGCUCAGCCAUGAAGACCCUGGGGACGCUGGUCGUACUGGGAGCCUGGCUCUUCUCGCCUGCCCAGGCCCAGGACCCUGAGCGGCGGCUGAAGCCCUGGCUGGUGGGCCUGGCGGCGGUGGUGGGCUUCCUGUUCAUCGUCUUCGUGCUCAUGCUGGCCAACCGCAUCUGGUGCUCCAAGGCCAGAGCUGAGGACCAGGCGGACACCGUGAGGAUGGAGCCCAAUGUGUACCAGGACGUGAACCCCAGGGAGGGAGGCGGGAAGAAGAAGGAGAGAAAGAAGGACCAGGAGGGCGGGGAGCACAACCUGGGGCUGGAGCUGGAGGAGACGGCGCUGGACGCGGAGGCGGCCAAGAGGACGGUCCUGUGAGGAGCCUGCGCCCGCAGCCCCGCCAUGCCCUGCCCGCCACCCGGAUCCAGAGUGCUGUGUCCCCGUGUCCUCAGAGAAGAGGGCUGCCCUGUCCCCCAGGAGGGCUCCCGUAGGACCUGGCCUCAUGGCGUCCUGGCCACCUGGGUCCUGCCCGGUGAUUCCCACUCCGCAGGGCGCCCUGGCCAGGGAGAGACUUCCAAGUCCCCACAGUCUCAUGCGCCACCUGUCCCCACCACUGCCUCAUUUCCUUCCCCUCCGCCCGCUGCUGGGCCGGACGUGCCUCCCCAGGGGCCUGGGGCAGGGUCCCAGGUUUCCUCCCAGGCUCCA